AUGUUGUUCAAGUCGCUCGCUGCCCUCCUCCCGCUCGCCCAACUCAUCGCCGCUGCCCCCGGGUCGUGGUACUCGUUCUCCAACGUGCCCCUGGGCGGCUUCGAUAAGGUGUCGUCGCAAAUCUACCUCGAUAGCAAGACCUACAAAAACUCUGGUUACUUCGCUGCGACUCAAUGGCAGUUUGCCAACGGCCAGACCAUCUACUGGGGGUUCCAGCCAGCUGCCGAUAAAGGUCUGGCUCAGAAGGUUAUUUUCUCUGGAUUUGGCAACGGCGUCACUCGGGUCGACUCUGGCAAGUGUACCACUAAUGCUAACGGUGGCCCUGGGUCGCUGUGCUCGGUCAGCGGCGAUUAUACCUACGACACCUGGUACACGUUUGAGAUUGAGAACGUUGAAAACCGUUCUGACGGCGGCCACAGAUGGAGAUGUACUUUGAUUAACCAGAAGACUGGUGCCACAGAAGAGAUCACUUCGCUCAUCACCUCUCUGAACCACGGCAAGUUCCACACUGGCGUCUACCAGUACCUCGACUACUACCCUUCUUACAACCGCGACAAGGCGCUUUCCGACAGCCAGAAGCCGUGCUGGGAGUACGGCAGAGUCGAGUUUCGCGACCCCGUCGGUAACGACAAUGUCGUUGGUAAGGCGACCUCGAAUGCCAACUCGGGGCAAAACACCUCUAAGAACGACAAGUGUGCCUAUGAGGCUAACAGAUCCAACAUUCAAACCUACUUUAACGACAACUCGUUGGUGAUUGAAGCUGGUUUCUUGCCUGGCACGCCCAAUGCUCCCGCGGUGAACCCUGACCCUAAGCCUAAGCCUAAGUGUAAGUGCAAGGCCACUUGUGACAAGAGAAAGCGCAAUGGCUUUCUUUACUGA